AUGACCGACCGUCCUGAUUCUGAGGCGUUCAUACAGUGGUUCUUGAACCACAAUGGUACGAUGGACCGUGAAGCCAUGGGAAUCGCGGACUUUCCUGCUGCCGAAGGAGGUCGUGGAGCAGUUGCCCUGAAGGACCUGCCUGAAGGACACGUCCUAUUCACCAUCCCACGCGCUUUAACUCUCUCAACACGUACAUCUCGGUUACCUGAACUGUUCGGUCUCGAGGAAUGGAAACGCUUGAAACUGCAUCAGGGUUGGGCUGGACUCAUGCUCUGUAUGAUGUGGGAAGCUGCACAAGGAAAGGAGUCGAGAUGGGCCGGUUAUCUAGAUAUUCUCCCUGCGGCCUUCGAUACACCCAUGUUUUGGAACGAAGAAGACCUCUCUGAGCUAGCGGGAACGUCGAUAGUUGGGAAAUUGGGAAAGGAAGAUGCAGAAAGGGAUUACGACUCUAAGAUUAAGCCAGCUAUCGCAAAAAGGCCGGAGCUAUUCGCUCAAGGGGAAGUCUAUUACUCUCUAGAGAGAUACCACACCAUGGGAAGUCGGAUACUUUCAAGAAGUUUCACGGUUGAAAAGCGGGACGGGGAGGAAGAGGAAGAAGACGGUGCAAAUGCCGACAACGCAAAGCAUGCUGAAUCCGAAAACGAUUCAAUGGACGUAGAUGAAACUCCAUCCAAGGCAAAUGAUCUUGAACAGGAGGAGAAUGAGGAUGAAGAUGAAGAUAACGACGAGGGCGAGGAUGAUGCAUCUGAUAUAGCCAUGGUUCCAAUGGCAGAUAUGCUCAAUGCAAGAUUUGGGACCGAGAAUGCCAAGCUGUUCCACGAGAAAGAGGUGCUCAAGAUGACGACAACAAAACCGAUCCGAAAGGGUGAACAAAUUUGGAACACAUAUGGGGAUCUUCCCAAUGCCGAAUUGCUGAGACGAUACGGGCAUGUUGAUCUGCUCAAGCUCCCAGAUGGAAGAGAAGGGAACCCGGGGGAUGUGGUUGAGCUGGGAGCUGAUAUCGUCGUCGAUGUCGUGAAAGAGACGAACGGCCGAAGCACUAGCGAUGCAUUAGCCGAGCGCAUCGACUGGUGGCUCGAAGAGGGCGGAGAUGACGUCUUCGAGUUCGACUGGGACCUUGAUCUUCCACCAGCGGCUCUCUCGUUGGUUCGACUUCUCCUUCUCCCUGACAAUGACUGGAAGAAGGCCCAGAGCAAAGGCAAACCACCAAAGCCAAAGGCGGAUUCUGACAUUUUGCUCGUCCUCGAGAAGGCCAUUGAAAAGCGCCAAGCCCAAUAUCCUACCGCUAUCCAGGACGACGAAACCCGACUUCAAGGUGAACUUUCAUUAAAUGCCCGACAUGCAACGGUAGUUCGCUUGGGUGAGAAGCGGAUUCUGCAGGCUGUGCUUAAUAAAAUCCGCUCUGCGCUCGAGAAAGACAAGGCGCAAGGCAGUGCGGCAAAACGGAAAGCCAAAGCCCAAGACGAUGGCAAAAAGAGGUCGAAACGAUAG